GAACUGAAAAUGCCAGCUUUGUGUGAGACUGAAGGCGUACAUUUGAAUCUAUUUUAGUUUCAAAACCGCGUGAUCAUAUAUAUUAAAGUACGGGCCUUAUCUAGUCACAAAAAUGACAAUUCUUUAAGACUUGUCUGGCUCCAGACAGAGUCGUGAACAUGAACAGAGGAAGAAAGGGACCAAGGUGGGGUAUCCUAUGGCUGUGAUUGAUAUUAUGUUUAUAUAUAACAGACAGCUUCUUCACUUCAUCCUUACAGGACUAGCUUCUGGUUCUACUUUCUCCUGCCGUUGACUCGUCAGUUGUCUCGCAAUUCUUUUUCCCGGGAAAACACCAGGGAAACUUUUUCUGGGUAGGAUUUUGAAUAUUGUACCAUGUGGUGGAACUUGAGGACUCGCUCUCGCCUGCUUGCUCUGCUUAUUCUUUAUUCUCUGAUAGCGUUGGUCUCUUCUUCUGGACCUGCCUGGAAAACAUUGAAAGGGUCUCCGCCGCUGGUGGUGGCGCGUGGAGGAUUUUCAGGUAUAUUUCCGGAUUCGAGCGACGCUGCAUAUGAAUUAGCGCUAAACAAAAGCGCAUCGGACGUCGUUCUGUGGUGCGAUUUGCAAUUGACGAAGGACGGAGCAGGAAUUUGCUUUCCGGACUUGAAGCUCAACAAUGCCACUAACAUCGCCAACGUUUACUUGAACAAGACUAGGGUUUACAAUGUUAACGGGUUUCCAACGAGGGGUUGGUUCACCGUCGAUUACAACUUGAGCGAGCUCGCACCUGUAUCUCUUGUUCAGGGAGUCUACUCUCGAACUGAUAGAUUUGACCGCAAUAAAUUUAGAAUUCUCACAGUUGAAGAUGUAGCCAAAUUAGCAAAGCCACAGGGCUUGUGGUUGAAUGUUCAGAAUGAUGCAUUCUUCAAGGAACGGAAUUUGAGUAUAAAUGGGUUCUUAAAUUCUCUAUCUUCUCGUCAAGUAUCUGUCGGCUACAUCUCUUCACCUGAUGUGGGCUUCUUGAGAGAAAUUAUGUCAGGCAAAAGCUAUAGAACAACAAGAAUUAUCUUCAGGUUUCUAAAUCAGAAUGAGGUUGAACCUACAACUAAUCAGACUUAUGGUACACUCUUGAAAAAUCUUAAGCUUGUCAAGACAUUUGCUUCUGGAAUUCUUGUUCCCAAGGAUUACAUAUGGCCUACAGAUCCAAACCUUUAUCUAGAGCCGUCCACGUCAGUUGUAGCAGAUGCUCAUAGAGAAGGGCUUCAAGUUUUUGUAUCAAACGUUAUAAAUGAUCUUUUACUUAGCUACAAUUACAGUUAUGAUCCUCUAGCUGAGUGCCUGUCUUUCAUAGACAACAAUGUCUCCUCUGUUGAUGGUGUGCUGUCUGACUUCCCUGCCACUCCAUCCGCAGCCAUAAAUUGCUUUUCUGGCAUAGGGGAAAAUGCAACCAGGAAAGUGGACACAUGGGUCAUCACAAAAUACGGAGCAAGUGGAGACUAUCCUCCCUGCACUGACUUGGCAUAUAAAAAAGCUAUGUCAGAUGGUGCGGAUGUACUUGAUUGUCCUGUUCAAAUGUCCAAGGAUGGAAUACCGUUUUGUUUAAGCUCCAUUGACCUUACAGAGAGCACGACAGCCGCUGAAACCAGUUUCAGCAGCCGUGCAACAACUAUUCCAGAGAUCAAGACUGGCAGUGGCAUAUUUACUUUCAGCUUGACAUGGGAUGAGAUAAAAACCUUGCGUCCCUCAAUGUUGAACCCUUAUUCAAAAUACACACUGUUCCGCAACCCAAAAGCAAAAAAUGCAGGGACAUUUGUAACAUUAUCUGAUUUUUUGACCUUGACUAAAGAUCCGAAAUAUGGCAUCUUGGUCAGCAUCGAGAAUGCAGCCUACCUUGCCGAGAGGCAGGGAUUAAAUGUGAUCGAUGCAGUCCAUGAUGCUUUGAACAAAGCAGGAUAUGAUAAACCAGGGCCUCAAAAAGUCAUGAUACAGUCCACCCAUGGCUCUGUGCUGAUGAAAUUUAAGGAAAAUCCCAAAUAUGAAAGGGUAUACAAAAUUAAAGAGAAUAUUUACGAUGCCCUCGAUUCAACUGUAGAGGACAUCAAGACAUUUGCCGACUCUGUGGUCGUAAAAAAGUUUUCGGUUUUCCCAGAGGUUUCGGCCUUUCUAGUUAACUCCACAAAGACUGUAUCAAAGCUACAGUCAUUCAAUCUCUCAGUCUAUGUGGAAACUUUCAGCAAUGAGUUUGUAUCUCAGGCAUGGGACUACUACUCAGAUGCAUUUGUUGAGAUAAAUUCAUUUGUCAUUGGAGCCAAAGUUAAUGGCAUCAUCACCGACUUCCCUAAGACAGCUGAUAGAUACAGAAAGAACCUGUGUUUAAAUCUUGGAGACAAAACUCCUCCAUAUAUGAGCCCUAUUGAACCUGGCCGUCUCUUGCAACAAGUUAGCCAGGCGUACCUUCCACCUCCGGCUCCUCCACUCCCUGUCUUGAAUGAUACAAGCGUGGCAGAUCCACCGUUGUCUGCUGUUUCCGGGUUUAGGACAGGAGCCCCGGCUCACGCCCCAGCCCCGGCAGCGGCAUCAGGAUGAAGAUAGGGGAAGAGGAAAAGAUAAUAAUGUAGUAUGAGUAUCUAUGUCAUAAACAUGAAGUUAGUGUUUGGUUGUGUUAUUAUUAUUGUUAUUUUGAUGUUUUAUUACAUGAAGGAGAGGAGGUUUGAAUUAAAGAUCUGUUGCAUAAAUAUUCUGCCUCCACUCAGCGUAAUGUCUUAAACUGGAUGCAUCAAUGAUAGUUCAUGUGUA